CUGCCCGCGGACCCUAACACUUCAUGAGUUUGGGGAUUGUUGCGUGUGAUAACCAGACUCAGCAGACAUUUCCCUGCUCCGCCAGCUGUCAGUUUUUCCGCUCAUCACCGGGAAAAUGACGGCGUCUUCCGCGUCGCGCAAGGCACCUGCCCGCUGCCAGGAACCUGCCCGCUGCCAGGAACGUCCCCUUCCUUCCCGGUGCCUCUUUGGAAUUAUUCUGGUGGCCCUGGUGUUCCUUCUGUUUACAUAUUCCGUUGAUGGAGGAACAUUCAGAUAUCAAGAUGCCUGUGAUCCACCACCAACAUUUGAAGCCAUGCAACUCAUUGGCAAACCUAAACCCUAUUAUGAGGUUGGGGAAGAAGUAAAGUAUCAGUGUAAACCAGCAUAUUUUUAUAUUCCUCCUAUAGCCAUGUAUACUGUUUGUGAACUGAAUCAUACAUGGCUACCUGUCACGGAUGACGGUUGUUUUAGAUUAACAUGUAGCGUUAUAAAAGAUCCUGCAAAUGGUAGAGCAGUCCCUGCAAAUGGAACUUGGGAGUGGGGUUAUCAGCUUCACUUUUCUUGUAAUGAGGGUUAUUAUUUAAUUGGUAAACAAAUUCUAUACUGUGAGCUUAAAGGAUUACGUCCACAAUGGAGUGAUAAACCCCCUCGAUGUGAAAAGAUUCUCUGUUCACCACCUGCAAAAAUAAAAAAUGGAAAAUAUACCUUUAGUGACAUAGAGAUAUUUGAAUAUCUUGAAGCAGUAACUUACAGUUGUGAUCCUGCACCUGGACCAGAUGAAUAUUCACUUGUUGGAGAGAGCCUGCUUUAUUGUGCUGGCAGUGGGGUAUGGAGUAGUGCCCCUCCUGAAUGUAAAGUGGUCAAGUGUCCAUUUCCAGUACUCAAAAAUGGAAGACAGAUUUCAGGAUUUGGAAAAAAAUUUUCCUACAAAGCAAUGGUUAUGUUUGAAUGCAUCGAGGGUUUCUACCUUAAUGGCAGUGACACAGUUGUCUGUGAAGGUAACAGCACUUGGCAGCCUCCGAUUCCAGAGUGUCUUAAAGUGUUGACUCCUUCCAGUACGAAACUUUCAACUUCCAGUGUUUCAGGUCCUAAGCCUACUCAUCCUACCAAGCCUCCAGUUUCAAAUUAUCCAGGAUAUCCCAAUCCCCGUGAAGGAUUUGACUUUGAUGAGUUCGAGGCAUUGAUCAUCGCUCUGAUGAUUCUUAUUAUAAUUGUUGCGGUUGCAAUAACUGGUGUCUGCCUGUACAAAUAUCUUCAAAAGAGGAAGAAAAGGAAACCUGAGGGUAAAGUUGAAUACACUGCUUACCAUCACAAAGCAACCACUGCAGAAGCGCCGCCGAAAUGAAUGAUUUCUACAAAAAAUGUUUUCCAAUUUAUCUUUUUAAUCUAUUAAACUCUUCAGAUCUACAAGUUAUUCUUUAGUUUGACUCUCAAGAAUGCAACCGUCAAGUCAUAUUGUUAACAUUUUAAUGUGGCUUGAAUGUAGUCACUAUCCUUUGAUGCUUCUUUGAAAUGUGUAUGAAUUUGGGUAUGAACAUAUUGCCCGUUUUUCCCUUAAAAUAACACUUAUAUUUAUAGGGCAAGUCAAAAUAGUAUCCAUGGUGGGGAAAUGAUUUAUAAAAUCUGCAAAUGUAGAGAAAUACAGUUCAAAAUGAGAUUACA